AUGACCGAUUCUCAACAACCAAAUGAAUAUAGUAAAAGAAUAUUCUCCAAUAAUUUGAAAGGCUUGGAUGCCUACACUCGCCACAAAAAGUUCAUGAAUGACUAUGUCUUCUUCUAUGGACGAAAUAACGAACGAAAAUUCGCAUCCACCUUAACCGAGAGACCCAAGAGCGAAUUCGACAUCUUGAAAGAAAAUCAUAAAUUUCUUCGUCCUCAAGAGGAAGAGGAAGACUUAACUUGGGAGCAACGUGUCGCGAAAAAGUAUUAUGACAAACUAUUCAAGGAAUAUUGUAUUGCUGAUUUGAAGUAUUAUAAAGAGGGAAAGAUAGCGCUGCGAUGGCGAAUUGAAAAAGAGGUGAUAACCGGAAAAGGUCAAUUGAUCUGUGCGUCAACCAAAUGUUCAGAGAAACAUGACUUAAAGUCUUGGGAAGUCAACUUUGCAUAUAUAGAGGAUGGAGAGAAGAAGAAUGCGUUAGUAAAAAUUCGCCUUUGCCCCAAAUGUUCAGUCAAGUUGAAUUAUAAAAAUCGUCACCAAGAAGCAAGGCAGGAGGAGCUGUCAACAGAUCAAGAGAAAAGACAUGAAAACCGAAAAAGAAAAUCGCACGAGAACUGGGGCGAAAGAGAUCAACGUGACGAUACCGAUGAUCAUGAUGUUGUCAGUUCCAAGAGAAACAAAACCGGCGCAAGGUCUUCACAAGGAGAGAUUCCCCAGACAGCAAAUGCUACAUCAACAGCAAACAGAUCAGAAGAAUUUGAUGAAUACUUUACUGGGUUAUUCGAUUGA